UCUUUAUUUCUCCUAUCUAAAUUCGAAAGUGAGCAAUAGCAGCCAGAAAUUGGAAAACAGACACCCACGCUACUCAGAUAUUUGUUGGUAUAACCCCAACUCUUGGAAACAUCAUCCACUCUCUUCUCUUUCACCACUUCAUUCACCAAACAUCCUAAUCAUCCAUUUCUGGUAAUAUAACAACAAAAGCUACCUAGGUAAGAAUGGCAAGAAAGAAGAUACCGAUCAAGAAGAUCGACAACAUAAACGCGCGGCAAGUAACAUUCUCAAAGAGGAGAAAAGGUCUUUUCAAAAAGGCUCAGGAACUGUCAACUCUCUGUGAUGCUGAGAUUGCUCUCAUAGUCUUUUCCGCAACCAGCAAGCUCUUUGAGUACGCCAGUUCAAGCAUGCAACAAAUAAUUGAAAGGCGUGAUCAGCAUUCAGGUGUUCAAGGAUCAGACAUUCCAUCCACUGGAAAACAGCUUGGAAGUAGCUCUUUUGACAUGCUGCACAAGGAAAUAGAAGAGAAGACUCAUGAACUGUGUCAGUUGAACGGAGAAGACUUGCAAGGAUUGACAUUACAAGAGUUGCAGAAACUGGAGGAACUUCUCCUAAAACGUUGGAUAACUAUUUCAAAAAUUAAGGAAGAAAAAAUGACACAAGAGAUCAACAGCCUUAAAACAAAGGAGGCCGAACUUACAGAAGAGAACCAGAAACUGAAGCAGAAGUUGGUUCCAGAACAGUGUUUUGAGUCAAUUACUAGCAGUUCAUAUGAUUUUCCUCCAGACAAUGGUAGUUCUGACACAUCUCUCAAGUUGGGGCUGUGUUUAUUUGAGUGAAAUGGUUCGAGUGAACAGAUUAGCUUCCAUUUCUGUAUGGAAAGACAAGAUCAAUGUUGUUUUUGGAAUUUGACAAACAAUUUGCUUUUGAGAGUAGCAGCUGGAAAUUUUCACAGCUGGGGCAACUUAUUUUGUAACCUAAACAGAACAUCGUACUUGUCAUUAUGCCAUAGUGGCAGGUUAAACAGAUAGGAAUA